UUUUAGAUUAUUAAAAUGGAUGCUCUUACACGUUGCGAAAUCUGAGGAGCGCUUAUAGGAUACCCUCAGAGGCUAUGCUUCAAACACUCAGAAGGUUACAAAAAAGACAAAAGCAAGAAAACCAUCACCAAGCGUCUGAAAAACUGGUGGAAAGUUCUGACUGGUAGAGGGGCUUCUAAGCGUUAUAAAGCAGAGAAGAAACUCCUUGAAAAAGAAGAGGACUUUGACGAGAUCACAUUCAUGGUUGGGUGCAUGCAGAUACGUCUGGAUACUUAUUACUGGGGAGGAGAAACUGUACGUCUUGAUAUGCGGGAUGUGCACAAGAAACCAUAUUUGAAGAAGUUCGAUUCUCUGAGACUCCCGAAGAUCAUAGGGUUAUCUGUUGACAAAUACAAACAGAAAGAUAGGAAGGCUUAUGAAAAGUAUUUUUCUCCUCUCAAGCAUGACAUAAUUUCCCUGACUAUCUCAGCUAAUAAUGAAGGUGAUAGACUUUGAUGGGUUCUUCCAUUGAUCGUGGGAAAUGCACAAAAAUUGGAAAGACUGACUUUAAAUUGAUUCUCAAUUUCGAUGAAGGAGCUUAAGAGAAUCUUUGUUGCAUCAGACUCUAUCAAAAAUUUGAGCUUUGAGCGAUGUAAUUUCUUAGAUACAACUAGCUUGGAGCUUAUAGUGCCUCCUGCUGGUUGGGAAAAGAGAAGAAAAGCAAUACAAGAAAUUCAGGUCUCAAGAUGUACUUUCUCAGAAACCCUAAACGAAUUCGAGCAAAUGAUCAGAAAGUUUUAUCCAAAAGCAGACAUCCAGAUUAAAAUGUAAUUGUUCUUCUCAGAUUGUGCUAAGAAUUGUCGCAA